UUCUUAGGAAAGCGACCCAAACCUUUGAGCUCCUUCAUUUACUACCCUCUCAUGUUAUGGCUGAUCGUGGAUGCCGACAGUGUCUUUGUCGAGUUUCACUGGAUUUUAAAUCCCGAAUUCCUCCAUCCUCGAGGCUCGUCAAAUUAGACUUGUAAUGCGACAUUAUGAUGGGCAUGUAAUAAAUCUUGAAGAAAGACAAGUCAAUUCUUCGUAAUGGAGAGUGCACCUGUUGCUGAUUAUAGUUCCAUCAAUGAAAUUCUCAACUGCGGAAAUUUUGAAUAUAUACUUCAAAAUCCAGUAGACCCAACUUUGUCUUCCUGCAUCUCGGAAAAUUUUGGUGUUUCAAAAGAAUGCAAUACCAACAAGAGCCACGUUAAAGUUGCAGAUGUAGAGAUAAACUUCAUGGAUGCUGCGAGAUGUCCGUUCAUUAUUGAGGCCACUGAUGAGAAAGCUGGAAACAAGGAGGAGAUCUCGGUCAACCUGUCGGAUUUUUGUCCUUGGAAUUCCAAUAACUUGGUUACUGAAAAUGUUGAGAUAUCUAGCUGGGCAACAGUUUCGCCCUCAAAAAGCACACCUUCCAAGGUGACAAGCAUACCUCAAGAGGACACAAUAGAUAAAGUUGAUGACGAAAUCAGAAAGCAGCUGCGUAAAUCUCCCCACCUGAUCAAACUGGCACCAUGCAAAGUCACACUAGAUAAAAUUAAUGUCCCUGUGGACAUGCAGAGUUUGUCAAUGAUGACAACUAAAGACAAACAUUUCUGUGAAGUCUGUUCGGAAACAUUUGCCAGUCAGGAGCUGCUAGCAUGUCAUCGCAGAACAACACAUGACAAGGAUGAGAUCUUUCAUUGCAAGCAGUGCGCCCUGUUCUUUGAGGACAAACAUUCCGUCUACCUUCACAUUAAAGCCAGACACAAUGGUGAGCCUGAGUCCAGUGACGAACUUGAGUCCAGUGGAGAACCUGAGUCCAGUGGCGAACCGGUAUCCAAGGUCAGGUUGGAAGCUCCAAACUUACCAAAUGAAAAACUGCCAGCUGAUAUAAAUAGAAAUUCCUUGGCCAAGGAUAAGAAAUUAUUUGUCUGCACCUUUUGCAAAGAAGAAAGGAUCUUCAAAUACCAGGGUUUUCUAAACAAGCACAUCAAACAAAAUCACUCAGAAGCAGGAAAGAACCCUGCAAAGAAGAGGCUAAACCUAAGCAAAAUUAUUCAAUGUCCAGGUUGCAAUGAGCAGUUCAAUGAUAAUUUUGUCCUUAAAGCUCACAUGCAGAAGUUCAAAUGUGGUCUAGUUGAGCAGAAAAAGCAGCUGAUGAAGGCUCGGAUGGAUAGCAUUAUAGCAUCUAUUUCUGAUGAACAAAAACCUGAAAAAGUGGAAGAACUUAAGCUGGCAAUGAAGAAUGAGACAAAGGAAGAAGAUUCAAACAAGAGUCAACCAACACCUGAAAUCAAGGUCAAAAAGGAGGAGGAAAAGGAUGAGCUAUCUAUUGUCUUUGAAAAGAAAAAUGAGCCAAAGAUCAUUUCUAUCCCUGCAGUGCACGUAACAUUGGGAACCAUGCUGCUUCCUGGAUCUAACAUUCCAGCAAAUGUCAUAUUUCCUUACAGAAGUGCAAUGCCGGGAUUGAUCGAGCCUAGUCGGCAAAGAAUAGCAAUUAAUUCUGCCUCGCAGUUGCCAUUUGCAAUCCGGUCAGUGCUGAAAAAGUCGCAAUGCACUUCCGUAGCACCAAGAAGUUUAUCUCAGGAUAGAACAAAGGAGAUAAAGGAUAAUGAGGUGCAAGUUUUGGGUGGACGCUUAACACCCCGAUUUGUAAUGCAGAAAGGCCAAAUCAUUGUAAAAAAAAUUGUUGCGAAGUCACUGCCUUCAAUUCCCCCAAAGGUGAAAAUUUUGGAUCAAAGCUUUGAGAUGCCUACACAGAAGAAAUCAUUUUGCUUUAUUUGCCCAAUUUGCAAUGGAAAUUUCUCAUCACCAACAACCCUGAGAAAGCACAAAAUAGAUGUCCACGGAGUGGAUUGCAGUAUAUGCAAAAAACGUUUUGCUCGAGAUGGAAUAGCUCAUCAUUCCUGUCGCAAACGAGACAUCUUCAAGUGCAUAGUUUGCCAGUGCAUCUUACAUUGCAGCGUGUAUGAUCUUUCUAAACACAUGGAAAUUGAGCACAAAGUUAGGAUAAUCAAUUGCGUACCAGGAAAUCCACCCACGUGGGAUUUGAAAAGGAUUGAAGAGAAUCCAAUUGGAUCUCCUGAUGUAAUGAAAAAUGAAGUGGCUGCACCAGACUCUGUUUCUGAGGUGCCUGAGGAAUCCAAUGUUGACGUCGCUGCAGGUGCUGAAGAGGCUAAUGAGAAUGGCGUAUAUGCUGAGUCUGAGGAAGACUUUGUGAACAUUGUUACUGUGGAGGUUGGGGAUAACAUUGUGGAAGCUGUUUCUGUGGAGGACGAGGAAUACAAAGGCAUUAGCUCUGCAAAGACCGAUGACAGCCAUAUUGAUGGAGAAGUAUUGGAAGUGGUUCGCAGACUUGAGGAAGGAGUUGAAAAAUGUUUCGAUUGUCCUGGCAACAGUUCAGAUUCCAAAAAUUUGCAUGAAAAGAAAGCUGUCGUUGAAGAAAAAUUAGAAACAAGUUCCAUUUUUGAAGAUGACAAAGAGAAAAUAGAGGACGUGGAUAAGAAUAAUCUGCCUGAUGACAUACCCCUUGAGACAAAAUUAAUUGUACCAACAGAGAAGGAAUCACAAAAUAUAAUUACUGAAGAAUCUAAGUCAACUGAAACAAUUGAAUCCUUGCCAACCUUGAAUGUGGUCCAAGCUGAAGAGGUGCAAAUCGAGGAACAGAAAAAGGGCGAAAUUUCAGUUGCAGAUGUGGACCAGGCUAUACCUACCAAAGACACAGCAGGUCCAGCCACUGCUGCUAAUAAGACUCGCAGAAAAAAUAAAAGGAAACUAUUUUAUAAACAAAAGAUAGCUCCAAGCCAUGUGUACUACACAUGCAAGAUCUGUUCCUUCAAAUCACACGCGAAUUUGAAUUUGAAGAUGCAUAUCAUGAAAAAGCACCGUGGACUUCAAACGUCAAAAGAAGAGCCGCACAUUGAACUUCAAAAGCCACAAGAAGAGCCGCACAUAGAACUUCAAAAGCCAAUAGAGGUGCUGGAGAAAACACUUAACGAGGAGCCUGUGAAAACAACAAAGCCAAAGGAAGUUCAGAUACUAGCAACUGCAUUAAAAAGAAAAAGGUUCAUGAGCAAGAAGAUAAUUGCAAACAGAAAAUUGGGCGGAGAGAAGCUUGUCUCAAAUAUUCUGCUUGGCUGCGAUAAAAUUUACGAGUUCCAGUGCACUCAAUGCCUGGUCUUCUUUAGCUCGCAGGGAGAGCUGCAGAAGCAUCAAAUUAGCCAUGAGCCUGCAACGAAAAUGGUACUAGCAAGGAGGAAGAGUGACUCAAUGGUUGAAGACGCAGUACCAAGGAAGAAGAGCAAAUCUGCAGAGACUGGAAAAAGGUCUGACAAGAAAUUGGAAAUGGAGUUCAGUCUUGUUGAUGAAAUUCUCAGUGAGGCCAUUCCUUCUUCCGAGACUCAAACAGACGUUGACAAAACUGGAGCUUUAGAGUUGGCUUGCCACGAGUGUUCAUUUACAUGCAGCCUUCCUCAAGAACUAGAGCUGCACAAGAAUGAUGUUCACGGCAUUGUGAAGAGCUGCAUUGAGGUACUAGACACUAAGCUGCUGGUUGAGAUUGAGGGAAGCAGAACCCGAACCAAAGAAUACCACUGUGAAACCUGUGGGGAGUUAUACCCUCACGUCAAAAAUUUCACUCAACACAUCUCUACACAUUUGAACAACCCUCUGUUUUAUCGACAGGCUUUUGACUUUGAAAGAGUUGUUUGCACACUUUGCAAAACUGAAGUGGCGUCUUUCUUGCUACUUUCUCACCUCAUCCGUAAUCAUAGCAAGGUCACUAAAAAGAGAGAAGAGCCGCGUUUACGUUGCGAAAAGUGCAAUAUUCGGCUUUGGAGCGUGGCAUCCUAUUUCAUGCACCUACGCCGGAGACAUAAUGAACGCCUAGUUCACUGUGACAUCUGCUACCUGGUUUUCAAAGACCUGCCUUUCCUGCAACAGCAUGCCAGAGAUCAGCAUGCAGUGGACAUGGAUGAGUAUCAAGAGGAGUACCCUCGCCUUCCUGCUCUCCACUGUGACCUUUGCCCCAAAGUUUUCUGCUCUAAAACCAGACUUGACGCUCAUCAAGCCAAUACUCAUGACUGCCUUAUUUUCCUCCCAACCACCAACCCUAAUGCCAAGGUUCAGGGAUCUGAAAUCAAGUUGCGGAACAAUUUCUUUGUCUGCAACCACUGCAACGAGACCUUCUUCGACCGUGCCAAAUUCGAAAGCCACAUCUUGGCUCAAGAGUCACUUGAACAGAAGUUCAGCACACCUCGCUUCCUAUACACAUGUCCUUUCUGCAGCGAAGCAUUCCCGACUGAGCGGGCGGCCGUAGAUCACUUGGCAUGGCAGCACACCCAACCUUUGGAAAACCAGCCGGAAAUGCCAGAACUUGAGGUGCCAUGCCGAAAGUGCAAGGCCGAACUUCCGUCCAGCAAAGAUUUGUUCAACCACCUCCAGCAGGAGCACCAGGAGACUGUAAUGGACUGUGUAUUCUGCCUCGCUGCCUUUGGAUCUCUUCCUGGUCUGAAGGAACACUACUACAACAAUCAUGCUCUGAAGGAGGUGCACAAAAUAAAAAGAGUCAAUUUGGAAGAGAUUAUUCCUGAAAAGAAGGCAAAAGUUGAGAGUGAUCCGGAUCAGAAGCUGGCCAUGACAACAACUGUGAGGUUGGCCAGAAUUCCACAGAUGGACAAACAGGUUUCCUGGAAGCUGCCAAACAAUGCUAAUGAAACCAACCUGGCUGGAAUUUUGUCAAAACAGCUGCGGGCACAAGAGAAGCCAUUGAACACUGUGCAGGUUAAGAAGAGCAGUCGACCUAGGCUGAAGAAGAGACCAAAACUGGAGGAUAGACCAAAACUGUUCUUCUGUACCAAACUAGGAGAUUUUCAAUGCAAUACCUGCAAGUUCCGUGUGGCUAAUAGACACACCAUGAUGUACCACGCAUUAAACAAUCACGAGAAGAAACCAAAGGUUGAAAAGUCACGGCCGUUAACACCAUCACCAAAACUGCCACCUGUGAUACACACCUGUGAGCUUUGUUUAAAAGAGUUUGACUCAAGAUGGAGCCUGAAGAAGCAUUCAUACCAUGAGCAUAUAAAAUUAACGGUCAAUACGGGAAAAAAAUUUGUUUGUCCCUUCUGCGAGAAGGCGUUCAAUGUCAAGAGAGGCUUAGAUAUGCACCUGCGUCUCAGCCGAAAUUGUCCCCUCAUCACUGAAACUACCAAGAAAGCCUCUGAUGUCCAUGAGGAAAAUACCACGGAUGACUCACUGAACAUAAAGGACACCAGCGAGCCUGAUGUUUACAUGAAAAAGGAGGAAGUGGAAAUUCCUGAAAUAAAAUCUGAGUUUGACCUACCUGUUGAGAGCGGAGCUCUCCCAGCUGGGCAGACUUUGUUUGAAGUGUCUCUGUUCAACAUUGGAGAAUCGGACGAAGAAGAGGAAACCAGCCAUUUGGUGCCUGAGCCGCACAGAGCCAAGGACCGCAUCAUCUUUUGCAUCAAUUGUCAGUGUGACAUGCAUGUGGCUGCUUACUCAUCUCACAUGAAUGACUGCUACAAAAUUAAGAAUGUGGACGGGUGUCCUCUUUGUGACGCACCCAUCAACAAUGGCAAGCUGGUCAGCCACAUUGCACGCCACAUGGAUCGGACGUCGUCAACUGAAUCGGUCCGAUGUGACAUCUGCAGUCUAUUGCUCUACAACGACUGCAACUACCUGCACCACAGCUUGCUGGUGCACAUGUAGAUACACUGACAUAGUAGGUGCAGAAAAGAGGUUAAUUCAUUGUUAAUUAUUUGAUGGGUAAAGAGAUAUGACUUCGAUGGCAAGUCAACUAAAAAUUCAA